UUUUUUAACUAAUGGAUGAGAUUGGGUCAAGGGCAUUUUCGGACGGGGAAAAAUAACACAUGUGAUCCCUCUCCAUUAACAAACAAAAAUUAUCCCCUCCUUAUCUCCCCCUUUCACUCUAGUUGCCACCGUGUCCCUCUUUCCUCCCUACCAUCAUCUCCCCCUCUCCUCUCCCUCUCAUCUCAACCCAGCCCUAACCCCAACCCCACCCCCACCGUCGCCUCCCCUCUCCUCUCCCAUUGUGAAUCGUCUCAACCUAAUCCCUCCCCUAGUGUCGCCUCCCCUGCUCGUCGCUGGCGCGAGGUCGCUGCUGACGCAAAGGAGUAGGCAUCGUUGCCUCCCCAAUCCAGCACUCCCCCGAUAUCGCCCUCCAUCAUCGUCGUCUCUCCUAAAUUCUACAUACCUUCCUUCGUCUCCCCAGCCCAGCCCUCCCUUGCUUCUCUCAUCUCCCAAUGUGGCCCCCUCCGCCACUACUCUUCCUCCCUCCCCUAAGCUUCUUCCAAAUCUGUAACCUUUCAGUUCACAGAUAUGGAUUUUUUGCUUCUGGUCUAUUGGUCAUGUUUUUCAGUCUAGUGAUAAUAUUUUCACUCUAGUUGUACUUAUAUCAUUGUAGUGGUAGUGAUUUUCAAUCUAGUGGUAGUGAUUUUUUGUUUAGUGGUAAUGUUAUUAGUGUAGUGGUAGUGAUUUUCAAUCAAGUGGUAGUUUUUCUAUUCUAGUGGUAAUGUUAUCGAUAUAGUGGUAAUAUUUAAUAGUGAUAUUAUUUUAGAGUGGUACCUGACCACUUUUAAUGUAGUGGUACUAUUUUUCUUAGUCUAGUGGUACAUUUUUAAUGCAGUGGUACUUUUUUUUUGUUGCUAGGUGGGAGGCGGGAGUCUGCCUCAAGGAAUAUGUUUGGAAGAAUUUCUCUAGUGAAAUGCAAAUAGGCUAUUGGAGAAGGAAAAGUGAGAGAGAGGAAGAGAAAUGUAAUUAAUGGUUUGGAAGUAUUUACAAAACCCCAUUGGUUUGUAGUACUAUAAAACUAGAUCUAACAUUUGUAAUUUGAGAACGAGAGAUUUAAUAGUCAAUAUUAUAAAGGGGUAGAGAGGGAAAAAAGAGGCUUGUCCGGAUUUUACUGCCCGUUCCGGGAAUUUGGGGUGAGCGGGAAUGGUUUCCUAGUCAGUUUUCACGAACAUUCAACGAACAAUAGCGCAUUCAUUUUACGUCUAUUUCAAUAAUUUUGCAAAGAAAAAUCAUAUCUUUUGUACUUUACAAGAUGAUAUCCAUUUUAAUAUUUUUUGGAACAAAUUUUUUUCAAGGUCCUCAUAUCAGGUUUAUGUCAUUCAAUCAAGAUUGUAUCAGUUCUAUGUCAUCCGUAUCAAUAUCAUAUCAGUUCAAGUCAAUAUCAUAUAAGUUCAUAUCAUAUCAUAUCAUUCGUAUCACGAUCAUAUCAGUUCAAAUUAUUUUUCAUAUAAAUUCAUACGAGUUCAUAUCAGCUAAUUUCAAUAUCAUAUAAGUGGGUGCGGAUAGUUUAACAACACCUUAAUUGUUGUUAUACUAACAACAAGGGCAUAAUAGUAAACUAACAAUAAAUAACUAAUUAUCAAUAAACAAAAACUAAAUACCCUAAGCGUGUUUUAUCUCUCUCCCCAACAACAGCAGCCAGAUCUAUACCUUCUAACAACAAUUUUUUCUUCUUCUCCAGCGCCAAUCCUCUGCCAUCGUCGGCGCCAUCGCACCAGUCGACUCUCUCCCGACCACAACCACACCACCGCCGACGAGUUCAGUGCGACAACGAUGGAUACGGAGAGCGCCGGGCGCUGGUGUGCUACCAAAAGAAGGCCCCUUUCAUUCGCCGUCUUCGAGACUUGGAUUCCACCAUCCAAUCAGAAAUCGUGGAAUCCAUAGCCACAUCAUCUUAGAUCUGGAGUCGUAAUAUGUGGCGGCGACGAUUUGAGGCAGCUCUUCUGCCGGCCGUGGAUGUCUCCGUCCCUUUCUUCAACACGUAGACCAGAGAUUUGAUAGCUCUGGUGGUCCUUGUUGCCUUCGUGUAGGGAGAGAUUCAACGGAGUCGUGACGGCGUUCUCCUGGGUCAACGGAUUGCUACACCGGAGAAGAGGAAUUAACGUCGGAUUCGCCGAUUAAUGCUCGAUUGUCUGGCCGAUUCUUCGCCAGGAACCGCAGCUUCGCCGUCGCGGAAACUUUUGGAUUCAUCAUUGUACGAGAAGCGCUCACGGGGGCCUUGGGGAGGAUCAAGGCAUUGGUUCAGUUCUAUUUCUUCUACUCGAUUCUUAGUCUUUGUUCUUCGUGGGAAUUGGAUUUGUGAUCUAGAAUCAGAAUCUGGGUUUCGUGUUGCAAUUAGGAUUUCAGAGACGUUCUUGGAGUUGUGAGAGCAGUGCAUGGUUGAUCAAGUGCUUCUGUAUGUCCUCCAUGGUCAUGGAUUUAUUAGUCAAACCUAAAUAUGUAGCGUGGGAUGUAGAGAAUUUGCCAUUACCCUACCCUUACGGUUAGUUUCAUCUGUUGCAUUUCAUUUUGAUUGUCAAGCCUUCUUCAUCACUAUAUUAUUUCCACUGUCUGCUUACAUUGGUUGGGUAUUUAUUGGAUUUUAUUAGGAUUAUGUCAUUUGGAUCCAUGUCGGUUGUGUAGUGCUACUUGAGGGAACUGUAUAUGCUUCUUUUAGUUAUAUGGAUGUAGGUAGUAACUUGCAAGUAGCAACUCAAGUGAUGAUGCUACAGAUUUUGGUGGUGUGUUUCUCCAUCUGGCCACAAAAAUAUGGCAAAAAAAUCAUUUAAUGUAU